AUGCUGUCAAUAUCUUCAAAAGCCAGAGUAUCUCCCCCUGACUGUGACACAGAACUGGAGGAGAAAGGACCCCCAGGGCAGCAUCAUGGAAAGCUAAAAUCCAGCAGUAAGGUACACAUCCCUAGGGCUUUGCCCAGGCUCAGACUGAAGUGCCCUGAGCAGCAGAGGGAUCAGCAGGAGAGGACCAACCCCUGUGAAAUGAUUGAGCCCAACCGGUUAUUAGAAUUCUACACAGAAAGAAGGAAUCAGGCCAAGGUGGUUAUGAUUCAGCUUUCUGCAGUACAAAGGGAAGAUUUCCAGGCCAGGAGACCAGCUGAUCUUGCCUCCAGCUCCCUGCUUGGUUAUUCCAUCACCAUUGAAGACUUCGAUAAGGAGAAGAAAGCUCUGAUACAGUGGAUUAACAAGGUCUUAGAGGACAAGACAGAUGCUGUCUCCAGGAUCCAACAGGACAUCCAGCCCAAAAGAGACCUCACCCACUUUGUCAAAUGGCCCCAAUACAUCCGGCUGCAGCAACAAAGGGCUAUCCUCUAUAAGUGGCUGAACGUGCCCCCUGCAAUCAACCAGUUCACCCAGACCCUGAACUGUCAAACAGCUACCCUGCUCCUCAAGCUCCCACACAAGUACCGGCCAGAUGCAAAGCAGAACAGGCUGCUGGCCCGGGCUGAGAAGGCUGCCCGCAAAGGGGACGUCCCCUCCAAGAGAGCUGGGGUCAGCACCGUCACCACCUUGGUGGAGAACAAGAAGGCUCAGCUGCUGGUGAUCACACAUGACGCGGACUCCAGCGAGCUGGUAGUCUUCCAGCCUGCCCUCUGUCACGAGACGGGAGUCCCCUACUGCAUCAUCAAGGGGAAGGCCAGGCUGGGGCGUCUGGUCCACAGGAAGACAAGCACCACUGUGGCCUUCACGCAGGUCAACUCAGAAGACAAAGGCGCUCUGGCCAAGCUGGUGGAAGCCGUCAGGACCAAUUACAAUAACAGAAAUGAUGAGAUUUGGCGUCACUGGGGAGGCAACGUCCUGGGUCCAAAAUCUGUGGCACUCAUGCCCAAGCUGGAAAAGGUAAAGGCCAAAGAACUCACCACCAAACUGGGUUAA